AUGGAUCACUCCGGGGAACUCUCUGCCACACCACAUUACUAUAGCUAUGACAUGGAGGGCCUCCUGUGUGAGAAGGAUGAGGUCUUUGAAGCAAUGACUCUGUCCCAUACAAUCUUCUACCCCAUGGUGUUCAUCCUAAGCCUUGUUGGCAACAGCCUCGUCCUGUGGGUCCUGGUGAAGUAUGAAAGCCUGGAAUCCCUCACCAACACCUUCAUCCUUAACCUCUGCCUGUCGGACCUGGUCUUCUCUUGUCUGCUCCCCUUCUGGGUGGUGGCCCACCACUAUAACUGGAUCUUUGGAGAGUUCUUGUGUAAGCUGCUUAAUAUGCUUUUCUCCAUCAGCCUCUACAGUAGCAUUAUUUUCCUGAUGGUGAUGACUGUCCACCGGUACCUGUCUGUGGUGCAUCCCCUGUCCAGCCUGGGUGGUCACUCUUUUCGAAACAGAGCCUGGAUCAUCUCGGGCAUCUGGGUGUCCAGCAUCCUGGCGUCUGUUCCCGAUGCCAUUUUCCACAAGGUGACUUCCUACGAGAGCUGCGACUAUUCUGAGCUCAGGUGGUUCCGGCUGUCCACCUAUGAGCACAACCUCUUGUUCAUCUUCUCCCUGAUCGUUAUUGUGUUCUGCUACGUUCAGAUCCUCAGGACACUGUUUCGGUCCCAGUCCAGGAGGCGGCACCGGACCGUCAGGCUCAUCUUCACCAUAGUGCUGGCUUAUUUUCUCAGCUGGGCCCCUUACAAUGUGGCCCUGUUCCUGAAGACACUGGUGAAUCUCCCGCUCUUACAGAACUGUGAAACCAACAAGCAGCUGGAAUACGCAGUACAAAUAUGCAAGGAGAUCGCCUUCUCCCAUUGCUGCUUCAACCCUGUGCUGUACGUGUUUGUGGGGAUCAAGUUCCGCCGGCACCUGAAGGCGCUCUUCCGCCACUUUUGGCCUUUGCAGCGGAGCCUUAGUCCCCCACCCCGCUCCCCAGGGGCCUUCGUUUAUGAUGAUGCCUCCUUCUACUGAA